UAACAUUUGUUUUGCCCGUACGUUUGCGAUUGCUGAGGAAUUUUUGUUAUAAAAGUUACAUUAACUGGAAAUAUGACCACUCAAUCGCUUUAAUUAAUUAAAUAAGAAAUCUAUUUUUGCUGAAUUUAUAGCUGUUUGCUGAAUUGUAUAGAGAACCCUCGGUAUGAUAAAUUCAUUCGGAAGCUAUAGGUCGAAUCGUGCUUAGCAUCUAGUGUGGGCCGUGAAGGGUGUAUCGUGUGAUGAUUUAAUCUAGAGUUCUGGAGGUGCAAUGGAAGGGAAUAUCGGUGAUGCGGAGCAAGACCCAGGCUUGAUUGGUGGUGAGCACAGCGCAGCCGAAGGCGAUGGAGACAGGGCUAGAUACAGUUCGCUGGCGCGCUGCGCGUCGCAGUCGUCGCUGGACGAGUCGUCGCAGCGGCGCGAGGCGGCCGCCGGCGCGGGCGCGCAGCACGCGGCGCAGCUGCUGGAGGCGCUGGCGCGGCUGCGGCGCGACGAGCUGCUGUGCGACGUGCGCCUGCAGGCGAUGUCGGGCGCCUGCGCGGCGGCGCCCGUGGCCGCGCACCGCGCCGUGCUGGCCGCCAGCUCGCCGUACUUCCGCGCCAUGUUCACGCAGUUCGACGAGCGCACGCAGCCCACCAUCACCAUCCAGGACGUGGAGCCUCAAGCCCUGGAAGCUAUCAUAGACUACGUGUACGACCCGGACUCGCUCGUCAUCACGGAAGAUAAUGUGCAGAGCGUGCUGGCGGGCGCGUCGCUGCUGCAGCUGCUGGGCGCGCGCGCCGCGUGCUGCUCGUUCCUGGCCGCCGCGCUGGCGCCCGACAACGCGCUGGGCAUCCGCGCCUUCGCCGACCUGCACGCGUGCGCCGAGCUGGCCGACAGCGCCGCGCGCUUCGUGGACCGCCACUUCGUCGAGGUGCUGGAGACGGAGGAGUUCCUGGCGCUGGACGCCGAGACGCUGGGCUCGUUGCUCGACAGCGACCGCAUCACGGUGCCCGACGAGGAGGUGCUGCUGGACGCCGUGCUGCGCUGGAUGCAGCACGAGCCCGCCACGCGGCGCGCGCGGCUGGGCGCGCUGCUGGAGCACGUGCGCCUGCCGCUGCUGCCGCGCGACGCGCUGGUGGCGCGCGCCGCCGCCGAGCCGCUGGCCAGCGCCGAGCUGCGCGUCAAGGACCUGCUCAUCGAGGCGCUGUCCUUCCACCUGCUGCGCGCCGAGCCCCGCGCCGCGCGCGCCGCCGCCUGCGCGCGCGCGCGCCCGCGCCGCCCGCCGCGCGCGCGCGCGCUGCUCGUGGUGGGCGGCCAGGCGCCCAAGGCCAUCCGCGACGUGGAGGCCUUCCAGCUGGACUGCGGCCGCUGGCGCGCCGCCGCCGAGCUGCCGUCGCGCCGCUGCCGCGCCGGCCUGGCCGCCGUGGGCGCGCGCCUCUACGCCGUGGGCGGCUUCAACGGCACGCUGCGCGUGCGCAGCGUCGACGUGUACGACGUGGCCUCCGACUCGUGGGCGCCCGGCCCGCCGCUGGGCGCGCGCCGCUCCACGCUGGGCGUGGCCGUCAUCGGCAGCGUCAUCUACGCCGUGGGCGGCUUCGACGGCGCGGCCGGCCUGAGCUCGGCCGAGGCGCUGGACGUGCGCGAGGGCGUGUGGCGCGGCGUGGCGGGCAUGAGCUCGCGCCGCUCGUCCGUGGGCGUGGGCGUGCUGGACGGCAAGCUGUACGCCGUGGGCGGCUACGACGGCGCGGCGCGGCAGUGCCUGGCGUCCGUGGAGCGCUACGACCCCGCGGCCGACGCGUGGGAGCCCGUGGGCGACAUGGCGGCGCGGCGCUCGGGCGCGGGCGUGGGCGCGGCGGGCGGCGCGCUGUACGCCGUGGGCGGCCACGACGGGCCGGCCGUGCGCCGCUCGGUGGAGCGCUACCGGCCCGGCGAGGGCUGGCGCGCCGCCGCCCCCAUGGCGCACGCGCGCCGCAACGCGGGCGUGGCGGCGCACCACGGCCGCCUGUACGUGGUGGGCGGCGACGACGGCGCCGCCAACCUGGCCAGCGUGGAGGUGUUCGACCCGGCCGCCGACCAGUGGAGCCUGCUGGGCGCCGCCAUGGCCGUGCCGCGCUCGUACGCCGGCGUGGCCGUGGUGGAGCGCGCCUGA